UUCUCAACUUCUCAUACUCUUUUCUGCAACAAAUCUGAAACAAAAUAAUGGCAUACAAUCUUCAAUCCCUCAUCACCAUCCUACAACAAAUCCUUCAUCCCGAACAAGCCCACUGGACUUUCGAUCACAACAAACCCCGACUCGAAUCCCUACUCCAAAAGGCUGAAUCUCUGAUGCAGAUUCUUGAAAAGUCUUCACCCUCCCAAAUAGCAAGUUUGGAGAACAAAAUCAGAGAUACAGUGUAUAAAGCAGAGGAUAUUAUUGAGUCAAGGAUGGUUCGUCAAAUGCUUUCCCACCCAGCAAGCGAGAGCUUGACCUUUUUCACACCAGAUCUGCACCAAGUCACUCGAGAGCUGGAUUCUGCAGUGGUUUUCUUGCAUGAUCUGAGACCAUAUUUGCAGCUACCAACUCAACAGCUUGAAUCUAUGAAGCUCGUGGAAGAAUUGGAGGAAAAGAGUGCUUCUUCACCGAGAUCUAAGACUGAUUUGGUGGGAGUUGAUGAAGAUCUGUUGGAAUUGAAGGGUCGUCUCACGAGUAUGGAGAGGAAGGUGGAGAUCAUCCCCAUCGUUGGCAUGGGGGGGAUUGGUAAGUCUACCCUUGCUCGAAAUCUUUAUGAUGAUGCAUAUAUAGUUUCUCACUUUGAUUAUCGUGGUUGGGCUGCGAUUUCACAAGUUCCCAAUAUGCGGGAAAUUAUGUUAAGUCUUCUUCGCGGCCCGGAUGAAAAAGUAAGUGAUGAAUUGAUUGGAUGCGGAGAAAAUGAGUUGAGAGAAAUAUUGCAUAAGAGAUUGUUUGGGCGAAGAUACAUGAUUGUGUUGGAUGAUAUAUGGAGCACAAAAGUGUGGGAUGAGAUAAGGAUGUAUUUCCCAGACAACAGUAAUAGGAGUCGGAUUGUGAUCACCACUAGGGAGUCUGAUGUGGCAGAACAUGUUGCAGGCUCGAAAAGUCUGCAUCAUGUGCAGUUGCUAGACGAGUCGGCAAGUCUGGAUUUACUUUGCCAGAUUGUUUUUGGGGAAGAGGAUUGCCCUGACGAAUUGCAAGAGGUGGCAGCUAAGAUUGGGAGUGAUUGCAGUGGGCUUCCUCUUGCCAUUCAUGUGAUUGGAGGGCUCAUAUCGAAGGUCGAAAGGUCAAGAGAUGUUUGGGAGAAUCUUUCAACCGAUGUAAAAGCUUCAAUUGUUGGAUCGGGCGAGCAUUUCUCCAAUAUACUUUCCUUGAGUUAUAACCACUUACCGAUUCACUUGAAACCAUGUUUCUUGUAUAUGGGAGCUUUCCCUGAAGAUUAUGAGAUUAAGGGAUCUAGACUUAAGAGUUUGUGGAUAGCCGAGGGAUUUGUGAAAUCCAAGGGAGAUAAGAGUUUGGAGGAAGAGGCCGCGGAUUACAUAAAAGCUCUAGUGGAGAGGAAUCUACUUUUUGUUAGAUCGGUAAACUGCAAUGGGAAACCAAAGAGUUACUCCAUCCAUGAUCUGUUGAUGGAUCUAUGCAUAAGGAAGGCCAACGAGGAGAAGUUUUUAAACGUCAAGAAUUGCAUGCGCCGUGUAAGUGUUCAGUCAUCAUAUGAAAUGGAAGAUGUGCGUGCUUCACCCCAAUUGAUGUCACUUGCUCGAUCUUUUAUAUGCACUGACGAGGAGAUUAUAUCUCCUAUCUUUUCCAUAUUAAGUUUGGUUAGGGUGCUAGAUGUAAUGGAAAUGGUAUUCGAGGAGUUUCCAAAAGAAAUAUUACAACUUGUGAACCUACGUUACUUAGCCUUAUCCUGCACUUCAGGUGUAGCUGUUGGAAUAUCAAAAUUGUGGAAUCUGCAAACCUUGAUUUGUGGACGAAUGACAGAGCUUAGUUUGCCAUCCGAAAUAUGGGUGAUGUCUGAGUUAAGACAUCUCAGGUUGUUCACAGCAAUUGACACUGAUGAAGGAUACAAGAUAAGAUUUGUUCAUAAGAAGCUGCAGUCAAUUUACCAUGUUUGGAUAACACCUUCACUGAUUAGGAAUGGUUUCUUUCAGAUCAUCCCAAAUGUCAUAAAGUUAGGAAUCUAUUACAUCGACACACCCGAAAUUGAAGUUGAUCUUAGCCAUCUUCACAAACUCGAAAAUUUAAGAUUUGAUUCAGAGUUGGAUGAAGAUGGUAGCCGUUUUCUGAACAAACUCAGAUUUCCACAUGGUAUUAGAAAGUUAACUAUAUUUGAAUGUUUUGUAUCUCGGAGUUUCUUGACAACUCUAUGUGGACUACCGAAUCUGGAAGUGCUCAAAAUAGGGAACUGUGUGUUUGAAAGAGACGGAGAGGCAGAGGAAGAAGAGUGGGAGGCGGUAGAAGGAGAUGAAUUCUGCUCGCUGCAGUUUCUGUGCCUCCAGUCCUUAAAUAUAGUACGCUGGAGAGCCGAUGAGACCAACUUCCCUAAACUCCGGGAGCUGCAAGUGAUCAGAUGCAAAGAGCUAGAGGAAAUCCCGUGCAACAUUGGAGAUAUCCCAACUCUCCAAGAAAUUUACUUACAAGAAUGUGGCGCUUCUGUGGUGGCCUCAGCACAACAAAUUCAGAAGGUGCAGCAAGACGAGUACGAAAACUACGACCUCAAAGUGUAUAUUUAUGAUUAGAAGCCAAAAGUUUCAGCAUGCACAAGAAUCGCUCACAGCUCGAGCUGAACAUAUGCACUGCAAUAGAAGGUAUGCAUAUUAGUGUUAGUAAGAUUUAGAUUUGGUAUUGUAGUAUUGUAGUGUAGUCUUUUCUCUUAUUUUGAUACCAAAUUGUUCGUCUUAUUCAGCUUGCAAUAUGCUAAUAAACAUCUGGUGAUUGUAUUCUUAUCGGAUGUGGUUUCUGCUUGUUUCUAUACUUUGGGAUUGAUUUGUAUCACUACUUUUUUACCUUUUGCCAAA